AAAUAAUGCCUGUCUCGCGACAAAAAUGCUUACGUUUAAAUCUUCCCGCUGGCUUGCUUACGCAUCAGAUUACCUAUAGUGGUUUCAUGCAUUUGAUUUGCUAAUAGGAACCGGUUCAGACGAGAGAGUGAACAGCUAGUAACACGUUGGUUUCCUACGGACGUUUCGAGAGAACGUUAAGCAAAUAAGAUAGCAACAGAAAUAAUGUUAACUAAUGCAACUGCAAAUGAGAAAAACGAACUAUGGUGGUCUAUAUACGCUUGGUGGUCAUGUGUGCUUGUAUUAAAGAUGAUGUUGUUCACUUGGUAUACUGGACGAAUACGAGUGAGAGAACAGGUGAUUCACAGCGAAGAGGACAGAAUGUGGAUGAAAAAUAAAUCAAACAUAAUUUUAUGUUCAACCGGCGAUGGUCAUCCUAACGUGAUUCGCAUAAGAAGUGCUCAUCGAAAGGAUCUCGAGACGAUUUUACCUUUUAUCAUUUUUACACCGCUCUGGUUAAACGUCGAGACAUGUAAUUCUAUAGUGAAAAUUUUAAUACCGAGUUUUGCAUUAAUCAAUAUCUUAUAUACUUUGAUUCAUAUGCAAUUUCUACAAAUGUCUGCUCUUUGGAAAUUUUAUUCAUCUAUGAUUUUGUAUUGCAUUUUGACUUAUAUAUGUGCAAUCGCUGCAGUGGGACAUACUAUUACUCUCCCAAAAUUGAUUUAAGUUAAUGAAGAGAAGAUUAUGUUAGUACACUGUACUAGAAAGUAAUUUUUGUAGAGGAAAAAAAUGCAUAAAAUAUUAUUUAA